AUGACGUGGCGUGCCGUCACAUUCGCAGCUCACCAUCACCUGAUGUGCUGGAAACUUAUUGGUGCACUUUUUCAGACACUUGUGGCGGGAGGUGGCAUAUUCGAAAUUCGCGUUGAAAAAUUUCAAUUGGACGAAAACUUCCCUGCUGCCAAGUGCUGCCCUCAAAAUGGCGAUGGAGAGACUGAUAGAUCCUUCACAGAUUGCCUUGCCAAAUGCCAGUUUCUUAUCCGGGUUUGUCUUGACAAAUAUCAGACCGUCUGGAAUGCGGACUGGCAACCUGAGUGCCCGCUAGGGAGCAAGGUCUUUCCACUUCCGCUGGCACAGCGAAAGAAACCGUUAGUCAACAUCAGUUUUCCUGUUCAAGGAACUUGGCAGGAAAAUUUCACACUAAUGCUGGAUAUCCUUCAUGACGCCGGUGACACAAGUUCACCAAAAUUGCUCUUCCGACUGCCCUCAAAUGAAGUCAACUUUACUUCACACCACCAAUGGAAAGUGAAAUCUUUCGGAAGCCGCUCAUCGCUUGCAUAUGGGAAACCGCACUCUCAACUGGCGCCCACACAACGUGGAAUAGGGCUUAGGGUUCUCACGACGUUCACUUUUAAGUGUUCGCCAGGAUUCUUUGGCCCAUUGUGCGAAAACAGGUGCGAUUUGGAAGGUGGCCAAUUGGAAUCGGCUGAAUGCGAAUCGGAUGAGACACGGUGUCCUCAAGGUUAUAAAGGUCAACACUGUGACAUACCGAUUUGCACGAAAGGAUGUCAAAAUGGUGAUUGCAUCGACCCCGAUACUUGCAGGUGCCAUCAGGGUUGGACAGGAAUAGAUUGUAGCGUCUGUCAAGCCUACCCAGGUUGCAAACAUGGUUCAUGUUCCUUUGAUCAAAAGAAAAAUCGCCAGCUUCCAUUUACGUGCUCUUGCGAAGAGGGAUGGGGUGGAAUGUUGUGCGACAUUGAUCUUCAGUUCUGCCAGAAUAAUAAAGGAGUCUGCAAGAACAAUGGGAAAUGCGAAAACGCGAGAAGUCCCAGUGGUCAGCCGUAUCGUUGCGUCUGCGUUCCCGGUUUCCGAGGUGACCACUGUGAGAUGGUGCAACUCGACUGUCUCAGUCACGGUUGUCGCAACGGUGGCCAGUGUACCCAGCACAUGGACGGACAAACCCGUUGCAUUUGUCCAAAGGGCUAUUACGGCACUUUGUGUGAAUUUAAUCAGACAAUUUGCUCGGAGCAUCCCUGCCAAGCUGCUAAUUCUGUCUGUCAUCCAUUACCCCAACCAAAAAAUGGUCGACAGUUCUAUUGUGCCUGCCCACCUGGCUAUACUGGAGACAAUUGCGAAAUCAACAUUGAUGACUGUGCAUCGAAACCUUGCCAAAAUGAGCCUUUAGCCUCUGAUAAGAGCAGUAUCGUCAUGGUCCAUUUGCAGCCCUCAUUUCUCAGUCUCACCAUUGGCAUUCCUGUUGCAGUCGCUAUAUCCGGCCUUGUCCUAGCCAUCGCCGUAUGUCUUUUCAUGGCAGUGUGUCUAUGGAGACGUGAAAAGACCCAUUCUAAAAUAAAGUCAUCCCCACAAAACUUUUCUCCAAAACUCCAACUAGAAGAAGACAUAAACGGAUACGCCUCGGAGACUUCCACAAUUUGGUCGGCUUACGAGCCACUGAGUUCGUUGCGCUCUAAUGAGACCAAACUACCCAAGCUUUCCCUCUACCCAAAACUGAAAGGAGAGGACAAAAUGAAACAUUUGGAACCCCCACUGUACCACCAACAGCGGUACUGCGAAGCGCCAUCGAAUCGUUCUUUCUCAACUCUUCUUUCCCCCACCUCCACUUACGAAACACCCAGCAGCUAUGAGGACACCAGUGUACCAACAUUGCCUCCACGCCCCUCGAGGAUCGGUUCAAUCAUUACCUAUCCACCUACCUUCCUUCGACCCAUCCUCUACCCCUUUUCGCCGCAAAAAACAUUUCCUGGCCAGCGUUUUACCAACUCGCCAGCUGAUUUGGCCUAUACAACGCUCACCAACGAUAAUAAAAGGUAA